AUGUCUCUAUCUGGCUCUACCUCUGAAGAUUACGGCAAGACAGGAGAUGGUCUGCUUCGACACGACAACCCUUCUGGACCCGAACCGACCAGAGAGAACCCAGCUGGUGUCUUCCCUCAAACCACCGGACCCCCAGCCAGACCUGGCUCCAUGCCCGGCUCCGGAUCCCCCGAUCGGGGAGGAGAUGUGAGAGGUGUUUUCGGCAAUCCACAAGUUUUCAAUGACGUCUUCAAAAAGCUAUCAUCCGCAUUCACAGACGCUAUGAACGCUAUCAAAGAUGAAUCUGGUUCUGGAGGGGUGGGUACGGUAGGACAAGCGCUAGCCGCGAGACUGGAGGUUAUGCAAGGAGAGAUUGACGGGUGGAUGAUGGGUAAAGGGCUGGAAGGAGUCGGUGGGGAAAGAGGUAGGGAUGUGAAGAGACCUGAGGGGACAGGAGGGGGUUUGUACAAGGAGUAA